AUAUUAUUUAAUUAGAUGGUGGGGUUGAUAAGUUAUUAAAAAUGGCAAAUGUAUCUUUUAAAUAAAUACAGCCAGAAAAGGCAAGUGUUUCCCCUAAUAAAUACAAAGGGAGUAAUACUUAUAUUAUAAGUUACUCCAUUGUUUAAUAAAAUUGACUCACCUUCAUUAAACUUUGUGUUGGCCAUAGUGCGCAACUUAAUAAAAUACGGAGGGAUUGUGUUUUUAAAUUGCAGUUUUAAAGGUGCAUUCUCUUCACCUUAAAAAAGAAGUGUCGGGUCAUAAGUUGCAUUCAGUUCCUAUAUGGUCUUCAACCAUGUCUUAUAAGUUGACCUCAUCAAGUUUUCUCUCUUGCAAUUCGGUCCGAGGAGAUACAAUAUGUUCCAAUGGUUUUAUCAUGUCAAUCCGAUUUAAACACUUUUAAUAAUUUCAGACAAUUCAGUUUAAAAUAAGUCUAUGUUUCAUUCGGCGAAAAGAAUGCCCCUAAGUAAUCAUUUUGGAGUUACAAUUUGAAUAUUUGAUAUGUGAAAGUAAAGAUGGUUGUGGGUCGAGCUCCCACGGACUAGAACGGCCCGGCCCACGCCAAGCCCACUUUGCUCUUGUCAGGCCGUGCUAUGUUGUGCUAGGUCGAGUGAUUUCGUGCUUUGUCGUGCUUUUUCCAAAAAAAAUACGGGCCACAACCCAUAGUUUUGUGCUCGUAUCGGACCGUGUUUUUUUGUGCCUAUGCCGGGCUAGGCCUUUUUUUUAUAUCAUAUCGAGUCAUGCCCGCCCACAACCAUCUUUAUGUGUUAACGAUUUUAACACCAAAGAAGGAGAACUUAUGCAAAAAUGAGGGUGGGUCCAUAUUAUUUACUUGCACUUGAUUGUUCCGUACAAGAUUCCAAAGUCGGCAAUCCAGUUCAUAACAAAUUUGUUUCCUUUAGUUGACUAUUGACGUCAACACUAGCUUUCAUUUCAACUCUCGGUUUGUUUGUUUUGAUGAAAAACAAACAAGACAGCAACUUCCUUAACUUUUCCUACCUCAAACCCAUUCCCAAUUUCCAACCAAAUUCUCAUUUAGAAGUCAAAAAGUUGCUUUCAAUCACAAAAUUCACAUUACAUCCCACUCAAAAACACUUCCUAUAAUUAUCAUCCCGCUCAAAAGUUUCCACCCCUUCCAUCUCUCUCUCACUAUCUCACUCCAACCCGACCCGACCCGACCCAACCCAACCCAAAUGGGUUCUCCUUCAUUCAUCCAUGCCUUCAUUCUCUCAUCAAUCUACUUCUUCUCUUUGAUCACAGCCCAACAGCCUUAUGCCAGUAGCAAUUGCCGUCGAAACGAGUCUUCUUCUCUUGGGUACAACUGCAAUGGUGUGAAAACUUCUUGCAACACUUUCCUCAUUUAUAGAACUCAACCUCCCUACAAUAACAUCUCUUCAAUUGCCACUCUUUUCUCUGCUAAUGCAUCUCAGAUUUCUGCAAUCAACAACAAUGUUACCGAAAACACGGCUUUAGCAACAAACACUAAGGUGAUCAUCCCUGUUACAUGCUCCUGUGCUGGUGGAUUCUACCAAGCUAACACCACUCAUGUUGUUAUACGUGAUGAUAAUUACUACAAGCUAGCUAACAACACGUUUGAAGGUUUGACUACUUGCAGGGCGAUCCGAGCUCAAAAACUGAGUCCAAAUAUAGUCGAUAUAUUUCCUGGUGAAAGGCUUACUAUACCUCUUAGGUGUGCUUGUCCUACCAAGAGGCAACUAAAUUUGGGGAUUAAGUACCUUAUGAGCUUUGUCAUCCAACCAAGCAAUCCUAGUAUUGGGGGUAUUGCAACGUAUUUUGGAGCUGAUGUUGGACAAACUUUUGAGGCUAAUGGAAAAUCUGAGCAGGAUUAUGUUAUCCAACCUUUCACAACCCUUCUUGUUCCGUUACAGAAUCCGCCAAAUGGUUCUCAAAUGGAGUACCCUCCUUACGUACCACCACCAACAUCUUCUCCACCGUCAUUGCCUCCUAUAGCAACACCAUUGCCGCUGUCUAGUGGGAAUUUGAACAAGAAAUGGGUUUAUUUUGGGUUAGGAGCAGUUGCAGGGGGUAUAUUUAUUUCAUUAAUCGGGUUAUUUUUCUUCUUUGUGUUGCCAAGGAAAAAAACUAACCCAAUUGUAUCAUCAUCAACACACAACUUUGAAGCACAAGAAACCGCUCUUUUGAAGCAGACACCAGAGAAAGAAUCCCUUGAUUUUCUUGAGAAUAUAUCUAAAAUAGCUUCUCUGAAAGUAUACAGUUCUAAGGACUUGCAUUCAGCAACGAAGAAUUUCAGCUCUGAUCAUUGGAUUAAAGGAUCAGUAUAUAAAGGAAGUAUUGACGGGGAAGAAGUGGUGAUCAAGAAGAUGGAUGGAGAUGUUAGCAAAGAGAUUAGUGUACUAAACAAGAUCAACCAUUUUAACCUCAUUAAGUUGUUAGGGGUUUGCUUUGAUGAUGGGGUUUGGUACUUUGUGUAUGAAUAUGCUGAUAAUGGAUCUUUACGGGAUUGGAUUUACCCCGAUGGUAAAACCUUGAGUUGGGAGAAGAGAAUGGUGAUUGCUUGCGAUGUUGCCACCGGGUUAAACUAUCUUCAUAGCUAUACUAACCCGGCACACAUUCACCAAGACAUAAGGAGCAACAAUGUACUUCUGAAUAAAGAGUUUAGGGCUAAAAUCGCCAAAUUUGGGCUCUCGAGACCACUUAAAGGGAAUGAAUAUCUAUAUGGUCAAUUUACGCUAACAGAGCAUAUUGUGGGAACUAAAGGUUAUUUAGCUCCUGAGUAUUUGGAGAACGGAAUUGUUUCCCCCAUGCUUGAUGUUUAUUCUUUCGGUGUUCUUCUGUUAGAGAUGCUUACUGGUAAGGAAGUUGGUUUCCUUUAUGAAGGAGUUAAGGUGCGUUUAUCAGAAAUCUUAAUCCCUGUGUUGAGUGAGAAGAAUGGAAUUUCAAGGUUGAAAGAAUUUAUGGAUUCUUCGCUUGAGGAGGAUUAUCCUACUGAUAUCGCGUAUACUAUGCUCUUGUUAGUUGAUCGUUGCUUGAGGAAAGAUCCGGGAAAUCGUCCUUUCAUGGAUGAAAUUGUGCAAAUUCUGUCAAAAACUGUGACAACCUCACUAAUUUGGGGAUCCAGUACUUCUGCUAGUAUUUCAAGUUCAUGAUAAGGUUAGGACUAGUUUUCUGUGUAGCAGUUGCUGUUUAUUUUGUUUUUGUCUUUCAGCUGCUUUAAGCUACUCACUGUAACUGUGGCGUUUUAUUUCAGCUGAAGGAUACAGAGUACUUCAUAGUUCAUACUCUGUACUAGGUUAGGGUUAACCAAAAAUCUUAUUUUAAGGUAGAAUGUUUCUAUGAACUAAACUAGCAUUAAAAUUUCCGUGAAACUGAAACUGAAACUGACCGUUUAAGGAGGAAAACAUCAAGUCUUGAUGUUAAGUUGUUAA